AUGGACUCCCCGAGGCGGCCCUCCCCCCUGCACCUGCUGCUGGCCCUGGCCCUGGCCUGGGAGCUGAGCGCCACUCCAGGCCGGGCGACUCCCGACUGCCCUGAGGUGGUGGGCCGGCUGGGGGCCGGAGUGGUGCUGCCCCUGAGCCAGGAGGGGGCCCGCAGCAGCCGGAACGCCAGCGUCCGCGUCCUGGUCACUGCCGCCAACUCCUCGGACACCAAGGAGCGCCGCAAGCUGGUGUCCGUCCACCUGCCCGAGGAGCAACACCUGCCCCUGGGCCACCGCUACCGGCUGCAGCAGGAGCCCCGGGGCCUGGAGAUCCCGCAGAGCAGGCGGGAAGAUGAGCUCUGGUACUACGUGAGCCUCGAGUGGAACUUCACGGUGGAGCAGUUCUGCCGGCACCUGCGGCUCUAUGAGCAGGUCUCCGCCCUGGAGAUCCGGGUGCUGAACCACACACAGGACGCCGGCAGCGGGAACUGCAGUGUGACGCUGGCCUGCCAGGCCGAGCGGGGGGACAGCGUGACCUACAGCUGGAGCCUGGACACUGGCAGGGGGCCCCCACUGGGCACGGCCAGCAGCUCCCAGCUGCUGCACCUGGUGCUGGGCCCGCAGGGAACUGACCACCUCUACGUCUGCACGGCCAGCAACCCGGUCAGCACGCAGGUGCAGACCUUCCAGCCUGGGCCCCUAUGCGGGCGGCCGCCAGGGCCAAGACGGUGGAGUCCCUACAUGGCGCUGCUUCUGCUCGUGCCCCUGGCGGCUGUCCCCGUGCUGGUGGCCCUGCUGGCCAGGAGAGGUAAAGCAGAGCUGAGUCAGCCAGCCGAGAAGGCCGCCAGCCUCACCAUUUAUGCGCAGGUGCAGAGAGCAGGCUCGCUGCACAGGACAGGAGCCAGCCCAGAGCCCCAGGAGGACCCCUGUACCACCAUCUACGUGGCAGCUUCAGCGCCCGCCUCUGAGUCUGCCCAGCCCACGCCGGGCCCCGCUCACUGCCCGCGGGUGCCCAGCUACAUCACGGUCACUGCCGAGAGCUGA